AUGAGUACAUUUUCAACACCAAGCCGUCCGGUCAGAAGAACCCUCUUUUUCAACUCUCCCAAUGUUCCCAAACAACCAAGAUUGGACAGUGCAGGCACUUCGUCCACUCUUUCAUUUCCCUCAUUCCCAUCUAUGACCACCACUCCCCGCAAGCAUGCUACCAAGUCUAUCGGCAAGCCUAAUUCUCCACUCAGAAAUGAUGUUGCCUUGUCCGAUUGGGCUCUAACAAGCUCUGCUCUUGGUUCUGUCAAUAGUACUCCUGGAAAAAUCACAAAAAAAGAAAAGGCACUGCGGGCCAGUGCCAAGGUUGACCGGUUUAUUCCCAACCGUCAAACCUCAAACACCUCAAUCUCAAAGUUGGAAGCUAGUGAAUCUUCCAACACUUCAACGGCAAGCUCUGAUACUGCUACUGACUCCACUCAGUCUGUAUGUGAAUCUCUUCAAUACAGAACCUCAGUAGCUGAAGCUUGUGGCAUCGCCUUGAACACUCGAAUUCUCGAGUUUCAACCUGCUGCUCCUCAAUCAUCAAAACCAGUGGAUCUUCGAAGUCAAUACAACAGACCAUUGCGUCCCGCUGCUAAUGCCCAAGCUAGACGAAAGGUUCCUACUGGUCCUGAGCGUGUAUUGGAUGCCCCUGGUCUUAUUGACGACUAUUACCUCAAUCUCCUCGACUGGUCUUGUGGUAACCAGGUGGCUGUAGCUCUGGAACAGACUGUAUACAUUUGGAGCGCUUCGACUGGUUCCGUGUCAAGUCUCAUGGACUCGACAAAUGGCACAUAUGUCUCGUCAGUUCGCUGGUCUGGAGAUGGUGCUUAUCUUUCGGUUGGACUUAGCGAUGGAGAUGUCCAAAUCUGGGAUGUCGAAGAUCAAACCAAAUUGAGAUCCAUGUCUGGACACUCUGCUAGAGUGGGUGUGUUGUCUUGGGAUAAGCACAUGCUUUCUUCUGGUUGCAGAGACGGUUCUAUUUGGAACCACGACGUUCGAGUGGCCCAACACAAGGUAUCUGAAUUUAACAACCACGCUGCUGAAGUGUGCGGUCUUGAAUGGAGAGCUGAUGGUGCUCAGUUAGCUAGCGGUGGAAAUGACAAUGUCGUCAACAUCUGGGACGCUCGCUCCAGCACCCCCAAAUUUACCAAGACCAACCACAAAGCUGCUGUCAAGGCACUUGCCUGGUGUCCUUGGCAAACCAACCUACUUGCCAGUGGUGGUGGAUCUCAAGAUAAGCAUAUUCACUUUUGGAACUCCACCACUGGAGCUCGUGUCAAUUCUAUUGACACUGGCUCUCAAGUCACUUCUUUAAGAUGGAGUUCUCUCUAUAAAGAGAUUGUUUCCUCGCAUGGUUUUCCUAACAACUAUUUGAGUAUUUGGUCGUAUCCUACACUCACCAAGAACGUCGAUAUUCAAGCUCACGACUCGAGAGUCCUUCACACUGCACUUUCACCCGAUGGUCAAACCCUUGCUACCUGUGCAAGUGACGAGAAUCUCAAAUUCUGGAAAAUCUUCGAGUCAAUGGGAAGAAAAGUGGCCAGCGCUGGAAGCACCCUUGCUUCUGGUAAAGAUAUGGCAAAGACUAUGAUGAUCAGGUAA